GGUCAUCCCUAGUAAAAACAAACCUCUCUCUCUCUCUCUCUCUCUGUGAAAUGUCGAAUUUUCUGAUAAAGGUGAUAAUUUCUCUGCUCGUUCUCUCAGCUGCUCCUCUCAAAUCAGUUGCGGAGUUUGAGCAAUGGUGCAUCGCCGACGAGCAGACGCCGGACAGCGAGUUGCAGGCAGCAAUGGAUUGGGCUUGUGGGGGAGGAGGAGGUGCAGAUUGUAGCAAGAUUCAGGUGAACCAAGCUUGCUAUUUCCCAAACACUGUGAAAGACCAUGCUUCCUAUGCAUUCAACAGCUACUUCCAAAGAUUCAAACACAAAGGUGGAUCUUGCUACUUCAAGGGUGCUGCUUUAAUUACAGAACUUGAUCCAAGCCAUGCCUCUUGCCACUAUGAGUUUAUUCCUUGAUUGAAGGGAAAAUGCAAGAUUCCAAAUGCCCAUGAUUACUUUUAAAUUGAAGAUUGCUGCUAUGGAAGCAUAUGUCCUGCAGAAAAUUUACUCAGAAAACAUUCCAAAGUGAGGUUAUAUUCAGCUUUCAAUCAUAUUAAAUGUUUUUUUUGUUCUUUCAACAAGUCACAAAAGGGUAACAGUACAAUUAUUAGUAAACCCAUUCAUUACGUACUGUAUUUUAUUUUGUUUGGUUUCCGACGUCGGAUUCUUUUAUUUUUCAACAGAAACUUCAAAGAAUAUUUCAUAUUCUGUAAUUUCUCAAAUUGAGUAGUCCGCUUGCUUUGAAUAUAUAGGAA